AUGACUUCCGUCGCCUCAAUGUCCAUGUGCAGGGUUCGUGCCACGCCCGAUACUACCGGCAGAGCGGUUGAAGAGGCCAUUCAAAGCUUCAAGCACGUAUUGAAAGGCAAUGGCCUUGAAAGCGAACUUCAAGAAUUCGAAAAAGAGGACAAGAUUCCCCCUGUAGAUGCCGUGUUGACAUUUACAGCCCAGCUAGAUUUAGCCAACCCAUCCAGACGAGGACGUAGCAUUGCUACGCGACUACAUCCCGUUCUCGAGUCGGUUCGCCAGUACACUGCAAUCGUCGAUACUUUCGUCUCAUCCGAUCCCAAGAUUCCCGCUCUUAUUUGGGGCAGCAUCAAGACUACUUUGAAGGUAGGCGCAGUGGAACAUGAAACCUACCACUGAUGGAACAUACUAAACCUAUAGUUUGUAUCGAACUAUAUUUCGUGCUUCGAACCAUUCACAGCGCUGUUUAUCAAGCAUACUGUCCAGUAUUUGACGAAUAUCAAGCCCUAUAUCCCACGUCCAAAGAACUCAACAAAGCUCUUUGUGACUUCCACGCCUCAAUUAUUCGCUGUUGCACACAUAUUGUGCAGGUAAUAAAACAGUCGGGUAGGUCUUUUUAUAUUACAAAGCCAGGAAUGCUUCCGCUUACAUUUAUCGAAGCGAUUCAAAAGCUUUGGCAAGCUUUUCGAUCUUUUGAAGAAGAAUUUGAUGGCGACGAGCAGGAAAUCCAGAGGCAGGGCGAUAUUGUGAGGGUCCAAAUAGGCCUAGCAAAAGCCAAAGUAGAUCAUCAGUAUCAACAAAUGCAAGCAGAAGAACAAAAGCUUUUAAAACGGAAACUUGGAAAACUCGGCUUUAGCUCGAGGAGUCAAAACGCCAGACUUGAUGAAAUACGACUGCAGCAAGCAAAAAGAGAAUCCGGUAAGUUGCUUUACUUCUCGAUGUCUGGAAUUGCUCCUUAACCAAUGGGCCAGAGAGCCGAAUACAGAAGAUACUCAAAGGCUUAUCAUCAUUCGACCAUUUUGCUCCUUUUCGUGAGGCAUGCAAACGACGAUGCCCGACGACCACCGAAUGGCUAUUUUCAACUUGUGAAUUUAUCCGAUGGAAAACCUCUUCCAAUGUAAUAUGGGUUACUGCCAAAAGUAAGAGUCUAAAUUUGAAUAAGAAAUGUAAUGGUUUACUAAGACCGAAUUUACAGUUGGAUCCGGGAAAACCAUCGCCAGGUCAGUACCCAUCGUCACCUUCCUUAUCCCCAUCAUGUGCUCACUAAACCCCGGUUACAGUGCAAGCUCGAUCCAGCAUAUACUGGCCAACAAAUCCGAAAGAGAUUUUGUCACUUAUCACUUCUUUGAGUACGGAAAUACACAGUCACUCAAAGUAGAAACCAUGAUUGCGUUCGGUCAUUAGGCAAUCCCUCAAGCUCGUCACACUAUCCCAAGAUAUGGUUGACGAAUUGAAGAAAAUGGAAGAUGAAAAGUUUUCUUCUCAGAGUGAUCUGAUGGCCUUUCUUUGGCAAAUCGUUCUACUAUCGGAAAAGUUCUACAUAUUCCUAGAUGGUGUAGAUGAGUGCGAAUUGGCCCAACAACACCUGCUUUUCGACACCCUACUCUCUCUUGUGCAUAGUCACAAAUCGGCAAUCAGGAUUUUCAUCUUCGGUCGGGAAGCCUUAGCAGGUGAACAUACCAAGAGGUUUCCUAACCUAGAGCAGAUAUCGAUGACAUCUAGUGAAGCGAAGUCUGAUCUGGGGCUAUACGUCGAAAGUAUGAUCCUAGAACGGUGCGAGAAAGGAAUGUUGGCGACUGGAGACCAAGUUCUUCUAGAGGAGAUCCAACAUGUACUCACUGAACAUGCAGACGGAAUGUAAGUGAUUCCAAGUAUGCCAUGGAGUGCGACUAGGCUGAUUCAUCCAAGGUUCCUCUGGGUAACAUUUCUCCUGGACGACUUAUGCGCACAGUAUUGUGACGACGAUAUCCGGAAAUGUCUCAAAGCUCUACCGAAAAACCUAAGGACACAUUCAAUCGUGUUCUCUCUCGAAUAG